AUUUAUGUUAUUACUUAUAUAAAAAUUGUAAAAAGGUGCAUUGUAUUAGGAAUAUAGUCUAUAGAGUUCUGUUACUCCUAAGUAUAAUACAUAUUGCAAAAAUCUUUUUAUAACAAGAUCAGAUCAACUAUCUGUCAAAUAAAAAGGAGUAUUAAUGCGCAAUAAAUAGAUAAUGAUUGGUUCGCUUCGGUCUCUCGUGCACUCGACACGGUAAUUUUGCGGAGACAGAGAGCGUGUCAUUUUGUGACCCAAAAAUAAAUUUGCAGUUGGCGAAAAGAAAGUAUAGCGAUCGCCCAAAACGAUGAAAGCAAAUAAUCAUCCGUUUAAUUGUGAUUCUUAAUAUUAAAAAAAUUAACCGAGGAGAGAAUGCAACGUGACGUCGAGAAAAAUUGGCGCGAAAUGGGUCUCAUACCAUUGGACACCGUUCAAGAAGCCAUGGGAUCUAUGGGUCCAUGGCACAUCGUGAUCGCGGUGGCAAUCUCUCUCGUCAAAUUUCCGGUAGCUUGGCAUCAACUUUCUAUUGUAUUUCUUGCUCCGCCUACCAAUUUCUCAUGCAUUGCGCCAUUAUCAGUAGUAACUAAUGAGUCUAUGAUAAUGAAAUGUGCAAUUGAUAUCGGAAACGGCACUGUAGAAAAAUGUACACACUUCAAAUAUGAUAAAAAAAUAUUUCGAGACAGCAUUAUAACGCAAUGGGACUUAAUAUGUGAUAGAGAACAACUGGCAAAUUUUGCACAAUCUUGCACAAUGUUCGGUGUGCUUAUUGGCAAUUUAAUUUUUAGUACAAUGGCCGAUAGAAUUGGACGAAAAAAACCGUUGAUGAUUGCAAUCGCGUUGCAAUCGGUAACUGGAUUCGCGAGUGCAUUCGCACCGUGGUACGAAUUGUUUUUAAUACUGAAAUUCAUAUGUGCCUUAGCCACUGGUGGAACGAUGCUCGUUAGUUUUGUUUUACUUAUGGAGAUUACUGGAAUUGAAUGGCGAUCGAUCAUGUCGGUUUUGUUCCACGUGCCUUUUCUACUUGGACAUUUAAUGAAUCCCUUAAUAUCUUAUUUGACACGCACAUGGUCUGGUUUUCAAAUGGCUGUCUCGAUACCAUCAAUUUUCUUAUUAACGUAUUACUGGAUUAUUCCAGAAUCACCAAGAUGGUUACUAGCCAUGGGCAAGCCGAGACAAGCAGAACGGAUUUUGUUAAAAGCUGCCGAACGAAAUAAGAUAUCGGUAGAGAAUGUGAAAUUAGCCCUUGAAACUUACGAGAGUCAAGGAACAAAUCGAGUUACGAAGAGCAAGGAAAAAUAUAAUAUCACGCAUUUAUUUAGAACUCCGAAUCUAAGACUGAAGACUAUAUGCGUGAGUAUCAACUGGUUCGUUUGCGGUACCUGUUUCUUCGGAUUAGCACAAUACAUGGGUCAUCUCGACGGCGAUAUAUUUAUCAACGUCGCAAUUUCUGCUGCCAUGGAAUUACCUGGGACUGUAAUAGUUCUCUUUUUGAUAUCACGAGUUUCUCGUUUAAAAAUCUUGAUAGGAGGGAAUAUUCUGUCCGGUAUUAGCCUACUUUUGAUAACUCUGAUAACCAAUGCAAGCGCUCGGAUAUUUUUAGCCUCAUUAGGCCUUGUGGGUAUGGCAAUUAGUUUUCCCACAGUAUAUUUAUAUAGCAGUGAAGUAUUUCCGACUGUCGUAAGAAAUAUUGGCGUUGGCUUGGGAAGUAUUUCCGCCAGAAUUGGAAGUAUAAUCGCACCAUACAUUGCUACAAUGGGAACUAUUCAACCUUGGCUGCCUCCAGUAAUAUUUGCCAUAGGACCAGUAUUAGGCGCUGUACUCUGUUUAUUUUUACCAGAAACGAUGAACUGUGAAUUACCAGAGACAAUAGAAGAUAGUGAAAACUUUGGAAAGAAAAAACCUAAAGCAAAUACAUCGAUAUAAUUAUGUGCAUUGAUGAGAAUUGUACAAUAAUUUUUAUAACUGUAAUUCUGUAUAAUUCGAAUAUUAUACAGAAAUAUCUUACAAACAAUUUUAUUCAAUCAGUUAUUCUAUCAUUCUAU